AUGGGCAGCGGGCAGUCCGUCCGCACCUCCCACUUCACCCGGCAGGCGCCACCGGCGGACGAGGACCCCCACAUCAGCAUCUCCAACAAAAUGGUAGAACGGCUAGUCGAAGAUGCCGCACUGGCUGGCGGGGCGGCCGUGCCGCCGGUGAUCCGCAAGCCACGAGAGGAUCUCAAGGACAAGAUCCUCAAUGAGAAGAUGACGUGCCUGGAUGAGACACACUCGGAGAGGAGCAAAAUAACAGUAGACGACAUCAACUCCCUGGUGCGUCGCAUUGAGAUGCGCUCCUCCAACCUGCCGAGUGUGGACCCAGUGUGUCCGGACUACCAGCAACGUAUCAUAGACUGCUACAACGAGGGGGAAGAAGGGGGGGAUGUAGUACGAUGUUGGAAUACUAUCGGUGAGUUCUCCCAAUGUGUAGCGGCGGCGGGCGCGGCGCGGCUGCAGGCGUCGCGGCUAGCGCCGACCGCGCAGGCGCGAAGACAUAAUUACACCGUGCGGGGGGAUAGCCGCGGCUUGACGCCUUAAGUGUAAGGCUUGAGUGUACGCUCAUAUUGAGCGUGCAGCGGGCGGGGCGUGCGGCCUGCGUAUCGAAUAAUUGAAGCUCAUACGGGUGUCCUGAGUCGACGGUGCAUAGAUUGUAUCAUAGACA